AGGGCAGGUAAUCCAGACUAGUAAUUCAUUUGGAAUAGUUUUGUAUGUUUCGCUAGAAUUAGUAAUUAUCAGUGACGUGUUUUUGAAAGUGAAACAAGGUGAAAGAAGACAUGGCAGAGAAGGAGGAUAUUGCCAAUAAUCCAUUUGCAGCAUUAUUUCCAAGUAUUGACCAAGCACAACUUUUUAUUGCAAAUAAACAAAUCGCAAAACAAGAAAAUGGUAUAAUAACUUCAGUGCCGGCAGAAAGUAAUUUACCUCAGUGUGCUGACAUCAAAGAACUUUCCAGACAGAAAACACAGAUAAGCACCCUGCUUGAACAUAUCUUUCUCAUUACUUUGGAUAAUGAAGUAGAAGAGGAGUCAGACAGACCUUCCCGCUGUGUGUACAUGUCUGGAUUUGCAGACACACUAGAUGGACAGACAUGGUUGGACUUGGAAUGUUUAGAUCAGGCUGUAUUUGAGCGAUUAUUGAUGGACAAUCCUGGAUCAGAUGUUAUCUCUACUAAAAAAGGUCAGAAGAAACCCACAGAGGCAUCUUUAUCUGGAGAAUCACAAGUUCUGCGAUAUUUGUACCAGUGUUAUGAAAGGUGCUCAAACCUUAAAGGAGAUAAUCAGUACGAUAAGUUUGGAUAUUUGUUAAAGAGAAGUACUGAGGUGAUUUUGUUGAAUGCCAAGACUUGUAUGCAGCAGACGGAACUUUACCCUAGUCAAGUAUUACAUCAACAGUUUAUAGAUCUCUAUCUAGAGAACAACCAUUUUCUUUCUGACAGUAGUCUGGUAAAGGAAUUCUUCACACAAACGGCUUCUGAGAUUCACAGUCAUGCUGAAGACGGCAAUCUUCUCCAAGUGUUUACACCUGUCCUAGAUGUCAUAAAAAGCAAGUUUCAAAAUCAGCUGACACUGAUGCAUCCUGAAGUGAAUAGAUACAUAGAUCUUCUCAUGUUCUUCACAAACAGUGCCCCACUAGCUGAGACAUUCAUGGAAUACACCAGUCCCGAGAAGACAUCGAAAGGAAAAGAUUUUGAGUUUUCACUACUAGGUUCUAUUCUCGGACUGAGUUGUGUACCAGACCACAAUAAAGUCAUAGAUCUGUUCAAUAACCCAUCUUCUACAUCGAAACAGGAGCAUGAUAUUACUGAGAGAAAUACAUGGCAGCCAUUAUCAGGGAUCAGUAUGGGAGUAUAUCAGCUACUAUUCAGCAUUAUCAAAUUAUCACCACAACUGAAACACAAAGUUCUUCGAUGGUUAGGCAAAUGUCUUCUAGAAAACUCAGGGAGGACUAAGAUCUGGUCUACACAUGCUCCACAAGUGUUAACACAGCUACAUGUUAGUGACGGCUUCAGUUUAAAUCUAUCCUAUGUAAUGCUCAAACUAUGCCAGCCAUUCUCUGAAGCAUGCUCACCUAAACUUCUCAAGUUACAGCCGAGCUAUGUACGAGCUGUAGCGGCAGACGAGAAUGACUCCAGACAGAGGGGUAUUCAUGCUGAAGAGUUGAUCAAAGAAACAUGCCUGAUUCCUUUAGAGGAGAAUGUAAACGUGGCGGAGGACGAGAGCUAUAAUUUCAUCACUGAGUGUUUCUUCUUGUGUCAUCAAGCUAUAAAUCAGGGAUUUCACGCCGUGCACGAGAAGUUUAUGAAGAUCAACCAGGACUUACAUCGUAUACAACGUGCGUAUCAGGACAUGAGGCAACAGUUUCCUAAUGAUGAAGUAGAGCCCAUGAGGGGUGUUAAACUACAGAUGGAAAAAGGAAUGAAAUUGUUUUUAUGUAUCAAGGCAGCAUUAACUGAGCCCCAGCUCUUAGAGAUGUCCAUGAACUUCCACAUAGCAACAGCUACAUGGUUAGUCCAGGUUGCUAGGGCUAAUGAGGUCACUAGUUUUGAACCAAUCACAUUCCCUCUACCAGAACAGGUGCCCACAGCACUUGGCUAUGUGCCAGAAUUUAUCAUGGGAAAUGUGACUGACUUCACAAUGUUUCUACAUAGAUUCAAAGAUGACAUGUAUGAGACUGGAGGAAGUGGUCUCACUCACUUUAUGACAUUGAUCCUGGUGUUUAUGGGAAGUCCAGAGCGUAUGAAGAACCCACAUUUGAGAGCAGAGUUGGCAGAGACCCUUGCGGCAUUGAUGCCCCAAAACGCAGACAGUACUCGUACUAGUAGAGGAAUAUUAUCAAAAUUUUACCGUGAGCAAUUGUUCGAAAACCAUCCUCUGAUUGAUCAUUUGGCUGAGAAGUUAAUACACGUGUUUGUGAGUAUAGAAAUGACAGGACAGAGUGUUCAGUUCGAACAGAAGUUCAACUAUAGACGACCGAUGUAUCAAGUGCUUCACUAUAUAUGGGAAAAAGAGAGGCAUAGAAACUCUGUUAAGAGAUUGGCCGAUUAUGCAGAGAAGAACAUAGAAGACACAGAUGCUCCAUUAUUCCUACGAUUUAUCAACUUGUUAAUCAAUGAUGCUAUCUUUUUACUGGAUGAAGCCUUAGAUUUUAUGAAGCAAUUAAAGGAAAAGCAGGCAGAGAAAGAGGGCGAGGCAUGGCAGGGUAUGAACCCCAACCAGCGCCAAGAGCUGGAGAGUAACAUCAGGCAGCUGGGCAUGAUGGCUCGCUACCAUAACGUGAUGGGAAAUAUGACCAUACUUAGUCUGGAGAUGAUAACACGAGAAAUUAAAACUAUCUUCUGUCAUGACGUGAUGGUGGAAAGAAUAGCAGCCAUGUUGAACUAUUUCUUAUUACAUUUGGUAGGACCAAAACAGAGAGAUUUAAAAGUGAAGGAUAAAAAUGAGUUUGAAUUCAAACCAGAACAGCUGGUGUCAGACAUCACUAAGAUUUAUCUCAAUUUGAGUAACAGUGAGGACUUUUGUAAAUCUGUGUCUGGGGACGGACGGUCGUACUCCGAGGAACUGUUUCCGAAGGCGGUCAAAGUCUUACAGAGGAUUGGUUGUUCUCCGGUUGUGAUCAGUGAUUUUGAGACACUUCACACUAAAAUUUGUGCAAUAGGUCGAGCCCAGCAAGAAGAAGAAGAGCUGCUGGCAGAUGCUCCUGACGAAUUCCUUGAUCCUAUCAUGGGUACAUUGAUGAAAGACCCCGUCCUUCUUCCAACAUCAGGAAAUGUUGUCGACAGAUCUAUUAUAUCAAGACACAUUCUCAGCGAUCAAAUUGAUCCUUUUAAUAGACAGCCAUUAACAUUAGACAUGGUGAAACCUGACGAUGAUCUCAGAAACAAAAUACAUGCCUGGAUACAAGAACAAAAAGCUAAAAGAUGAUCUUCGUAGCAGUUAUAGUUACCUAUGAAACAGAUUGUAAACUGAUAAAGAUAUUUAAACAGAAGACGACACACACAAAAAUAUCACAGAAAAAUUACGGGUUGCGGGCUACAAGGAAAAUUCAUUGAAAGACAAUCACGGAUACCAGAAUUGGAUUAUUGGGAAUUUUAAAGGGUUUUAUUAAUAUUUGUUUUGAGCUGCUUAUUUGUACACUUCUGUGCACUUUCAUUUUCAACGCUGAUUCAUUUCUGUAAAAGUUGUUAUCCAAAACUCUGAAAAUAUGGGUUUUUCAAGCUACGCCCCCUGUACCAACAAAACAUUGACUGUUACAGCUUCACAGUACACUACUGUUUAAAAAUAGAAUAUUUAACCUUGGGAGCUUAUUUCCAAAGUUGUAACUGUAAAAGUUUUUUUGGACCCCUGAAUUUGCUGGGAAAAACUGGAAAAUAUUCUUAAUUUCAUAGUUAGUCAAUUAAUUUGCAUUUGUGUUAUGAACAUGCAUGUAUAUAAUGGACUUACAUUUGUGUAAUAUACUUACAUAUAUGUAUUGAACUUGUGUGUGUGCAAUAAGCUUACAAUUGUGUGAUGACUCUAAAUUUAUAAAUUGUUCUUACAUAUUUGUCAUUGUGUGUAAUGAACUUGCAUUUAUUUGACUGACCUUAAUUUGGAUAGCGACUUUACUCUUGUGUCAUAAAUUUACGUUUGUAUAAUGGAGGUAUUUGUUAUAAAUUAACUUUCAUCUGUGUAAUCAACUUACAUAAAUUUGUUAUUGAUCUUUAUGUGUGUAAUGAACUUACUUGUGUAAUGGUCUUG